UCCGUGCGUCACGCUGUGAAUUGGAGACCAAAGACCGGGACUGAGAGAGGAUUCACUCUGUCCUCACUCAGUGGAGGAAGUCUUCCUGCACCGAGCACCAGGCAUGGCUGGGAAGCCUUUCCGGGCCACCUACAUCUGGAGGAGCAUCAUUUCUAAUCUCCACACUCAUGUCGAGGUCAAACGCAGGCGCCACAACCUCAAGUCCUACCAGGACUGCUUCUUGGGCUCCGAGGCCGUGGACGUGGUGUUGGCACACAUCACACUGAACCGCUUCUUUGGCGACGAUGCGGUUCCUCGCUACAAGGCCGCUCGCCUCUGUCAGGCCCUGAUGGAAUCGAGGGUGUUUGAGCCAGUGGGCGUUAAAGUCUUUGGGAAGGAAAAGAAGCGAGUGACAUUUGAGGACAGUAGCUGCAGUUUGUACCGGUUCCUGAGCCCAACGACCGGCUCGUCGUCGUCACUGGCCGACACCAACUCCCAAUCCACUAACACCAUCGAAAGCGGCUAUGACUCGCCGAGCAUGAACAGGAACAAGAACAGUUACAGUCCGUCACGUGAAAGAAAAGAGGCGCUGAGCUACUCCACCCAUUCCUUGGUGAAAAGAGAAAACUCACUGGACGACGUGCUGGGAAAUCUCAACCUGAGCUCGACCAUCACUCCUCAAAUGAACCUCGGCCUCUCUCGGGAGCUUGUGGAUGAGGUGUGGCACCAGCAGGCAGUGUUCAGGCUGCUGCAGCUGAUAGAGCUCCCCCUACUGGAGAACUUAUUGGAGGGCAAGGACACAUCGCGGCCUCCGCUGCACGGCAUGGACAGCGACCCAGACCUUUUGUACACAUCAAGCUACCUGGACCGAGAAGUCCUCAAAGCCUUCAGCGAAGCACAGGCAGAUGAGUGGCUGUCAAGGGCGGUGGACUGUCUGGAGUUGCUGCCUGAUGAACUGGUGGUUGAAGUCAGUCGAGGAUUGGCCGCUUGCACAAACGACUUAGAACAGUGCAAGAGGCUCCUUUAUGAGGUCCUGGCACAGCAUUACAGGCAGACACAACAACCGCCGCUGCUCAGCAACCACGUGUUCGACAUUCACUCUGGCAUCUCAGAGUUGCUCGUGAACGGCCAUCAAGAGCAAGCUCUGGAAGCACUGCAGCUGAGCCUGAAGCUGCAGGACUCGCGCAGCAGGGAGGAGCUACGCAGACUUCUGAGAUUCAUGGCCACUGCAGCCAAGGUCCAGGAGGUGAAACUGCACAAAGAGAUUGAGAACAAAAUGGCGGUGAAAAGGUCUUUCUCCAGUGCCAUCGUCUACAGCAGACGACUCUCCAAAGGAAAGGUGGAUCUGAUGGUUUUGUUCAUGGUGGAUAAUCACUGUGAUCUUUUUAAGAUUCCGGUUUCGUUGCACAAGUUGGUCAGCGACAGAAUAAUCAAUAUCACCAAAGGCAAAGAUCCAGACAUGAUGACAGGCUCGACAUACUGCACACGAUUGAGUGCCCAGGUCUACUCAGAAAAUGCAGAAAAAACCACCAAAGAAGAACUUCGGUCACUUUUGCGCACGGUCUACGAGAACCCGACACUCUCCAUUAGAGAGAAGAGGCGGCUGCUGGGACAGUUUUAUAAAGGACACCCGGAGAUUUUUGUCCAGUACUUUGGAAACAGAUUGUCCACUAUAAACAUGUUACUACAGUAAAAAAAACUUGAAUAAUAAUGUAAAAAAAGACAAAAGCUAAUGUUGUGAUUUGUGAUAUAGUAUUUGCUCGUGUGCAAAUAUUUUAAACUACUGAAGAAGAAUGUGAAUUUUAUUUGUAGAGGCUCUCGAUAAGCUGCAAUAUUUAAGGACAUGUUGUCAUAUUUGUUUGAAGGUAUUUCUUUGGUGCAGGACACUAACAUGAAAUUUCAGUUGUAUGUGAAACUUUUACACGUUGACAAAAUGAAUCAUGUGUUAUUGAGUUUUUAUUAUUAUUAUUAUUAUUAUUAAUAUAAUUAUUAUUAUUAUACGCUGGAGCCAGUGAGGUUACAGUAAGUCUGCGUAGUUAGUAGAUCACAGACUGGGGAACAAUGAAAUGGAUAUUUGGACAUUUCAAAUCCUGAUGAUGUGCUGUCGUCGACAAUCAGAGGGAAAUCAUGACAGUCUUCCUUCUGGGCUUUUUUGUUUGUUCUGGUUUUCUUUUCUUUUGACUGAAACCUUAGAAUAUUUGAGCUUCUGUUUUAAAUAAGGUUUUUGUUACACCUAAUCUGGGAAUAAAUGCCUCACAAGCUGUGAACGUG